CUUCGUUUUCAUAUUCAUUCAGAGAGAAUCAAUUAGAAUGAAUGACUCUUGCUCUCCUCCUUCUAUUUCUCCAUCUCUCCACCCUGUCACCACACAUCAUCAUCAACAUCAACAACAACCAUAAUUGAUUGCCCAAAACCCUUUUCUUUCUCUUCUCUCUCUCUCUCUCUCUCUCUCGAUACACUUAUCUAUCCCACUGUUGUAUACUAGCGAGUAUAGCAGAUUCUUUUUACUCUGACCAUCCCCUUUUCAACCCCACACUCUUCCCUUCUCCCAUGUACCACCCUAUCCCACCACCGACCUUUUCCAAUUUUCUUUCCGUCCUUCCCCACCUCAAUUCUAGGGUUUUUGAUUGUUUCCUUCUUUUUUUUUAAAAUAUUAAUUAAAACCCUUUUCCCUUCCACUUUUAAUUCGUUAGGUUACCCUGAUCACUGUGCUUUCGAUCUCUCUCUCUCUCUAUCUCUUUUCCUUAUAUUCUCUGUUCCUCGAAUCUCUCUAUACUCGUCUGAUUCCCAGUAUAUUUCUUCAAAAUCUUCACCUUCUUUCUCUCUUCUUCCUAUUUCAAUACCACACGCGCACACAGUAGAAACUUUGGUUUAUGAUGACUAUACUUGUGAACCCCUCUGCUUAGGAAUCUCAAUCUCAUCAUCCCUACCAAUCUGAAUUCAAUACUGUUUCGGUAUUCAUUCGGUGAUUUCCCUAGUUGUUUUUGUUUCUCCUGUGGGUGCGUGUGGAGGAGAAUAGCGAUCGUUGUGAAUGGCAUACCAAGCGAUCCAGGGUCCUAGCUCGGGAUCGAGUUCGAGUUCAGGGUUUCAGCUAUUGAAUUCUCCCUUCGGCGACACCACAUACACGAAGGUGUUCGUCGGAGGAUUGGCUUGGGAGACACAGAGUGAAACCAUGCGCCGUUACUUCGAGCAGUUCGGCGAGAUUCUCGAGGCCGUCGUAAUCACUGAUAAGAACACGGGGCGAUCCAAAGGCUAUGGUUUUGUGACUUUCCGGGAUCCCGAGGCUGCAAGGAGGGCAUGUGCUGAUCCAACCCCUGUCAUUGAUGGUAGAAGGGCAAAUUGUAACUUGGCUUCACUUGGUCGACCACGCCCACCUUUGCCUUAUGGACGGAUAAGACCUGCCUCCCCGUACGUUGGAAGCGUACAACCAGCCCGAGGAGCUUAUGUUGGAGGAUUUGGCUACCAGCAACCACUUUCCUAUGGCUAUCAGCAAGGAUUGGUUUACCCUCCUUAUGGGUAUACGACAUAUGGACCUGAGUACAUCUACCCACAGAGUCUGUACAACCCAUAUAUGGGACAACAGUACCUGCAGAUAUAUGGAGUGCCUGGGGCUAUGAAUACAAAUGUUUAUCCUUAUGGACAAUUGGGUCAGGCUAUUCCCAGUGGUCAUGGUUAUACAGCAAUGCAGGGUUAUACAGUACCAGGUCAUCAGAUUGUGCCCUACGGUGGAUCCAAUGUUAAUGCCAUAACAACUUCACCUAUGCCUGCCAUUCAAGCACCAUAUCCUAGAAUUGCUGCACCAGUUCCUGGCCAACCGCAAUUUAUUGUUCCUGCUCCUUCUCCUCAGUUUAUGCAAGGCAGCGGUCCUGACCAAACAGCUGGGUAUCCUUAGUUUGCAGCAGGACUAAGAGCAGUGGAACUGCUACUUGAGUGGCGGGCUUCCAAUCUAGCCUUGCAAUUAUAUAAUUUGCAGGUCAUAUAUAGUCAUGCUCACCAAGUUGUGUCUGUCGCUCCAGAUGGCGAAGGAAACUGGAUUGUGCGGGCUGUUUCCAUUUGGACGUUUACACUAGUGUAUUUAUACCUAAUACUACCUGUACUCAUGAAGAGUGGUAGUAUUGGAUCAAUGGGUGCUGGAAUAGGUUUCUGGCAGCCAUGUAGGAAUAAACUUCUGUAAAAAGAAAAUCAUGUCUGAAUCAAAAUAUGAUUCUUUGUAGUCUUGGCCAGCAUUGAGUUUGUAGAUAGUUGUCAAUGUUGGUGAAUUGUGUGACGAUGGACGGGCCAUCACAUUGAAUGUGAUUUUUGUGCAUAGUAGUUGUCAGAGGUUCUACUAGAAGACACGGGUGUAAUUUUAUGAUUCUAAGAACCUGCCGAUUAUGCAGGGUAGAACCAUCAGUAUAUUCAAAUUAGGGAGGUUUGCAGUGGUUCUUUAGUGUUUUAUUACCGUCAUCAGCACGGAGUCACAUGUUCAACAUUUCCUU